UGGUUCGUUAACUAAAAAUAAAUAUUUCAAUUAUUUUCUAUUUCCAAUUAACAUACAUUCAAGCGCUCCCUCGCUAUGGAGACUUCUGCUCUCAUAUUAUGUUUGGUCCUUACGCUCCUUGGCAGAAGUUAUGGAAACAACGAAGGCUUGUCGUCGUUUCAAUUACUCGCGCGUCUCUCAUUUCCUACAGUAGAAACUAAACCAUUCAAUAUGCCCGGCACGAAAGAAAUCGACCCAAAACACAGUUACGCAGAUGAGAAAUUUGAACGACUAAUGGAAUACACCAGUUACAUGAACAGCAGAAUAAAGGAGCCUCAUAAUCCUACUGAACGCCGAGAAAUAUUGGAAACGACGCAGAAGAAACUAUUCGCGUUUAUAGACACACAUAUAAAGGAUUUAAAGCGUCUGCUGUUUGAAACUGACAUGGCUUUGAUGUCGAUGGUGCUGUUGAAACUGAAUAAAAAGAUGGACACCUCUGAGGCUAAGAUCAAAUCCACACAAGCGAAAAUACCAUUUGGAUUGUAUACGAGCCCUGAGUUCAAAUGUCUCGGAACAUCGUACUACAUAGCAUCGCCGCACAACCAAGAAGACGUGCAAAUGAUUCUGUCCAGUGAGAGAAAACCUCACUGCUACACAUUCAGAGGCGCUUUCGCGUUCACCGGUUUCUACCAUCGACACUCAGAGACAACAUACGUUGGUCCACACGCAGAACAAUUUCAAGCCAAAGAUCCUAGCCAGGGUCUGUACUGCCAUUCCGACGACAACUGGAGCGACGCCCAAUGUAUUUAUAAGAUCAAUCCACGGGAGGAGUUCCCCGAAUCGGUGGAAUAUGAACCAAAGGUAUCCUACUGGUGCGGGCCCUACAGAUAUUUCAUCCCAGCAACAACAGACAUCAGAUGCAUCUUCUCUAUAUUCUCAAUGAAUUUCAUUCUCCGUUUCGGAUACGACGGUGUGACGUACAAGAGUUCAGAUCUGACCUUUAUGUACCAAAACGGCCAAGUUUUCUACACGGACGAACCCUGGGCCGGCAUGUCCUGUUGGAACUGGGCGUGCAAGUGGCGACACAAUCAGAAUCAGCGCUCCAACGAGUUCUUUGUCAAUUAAAUACAUUUACAAACAAAACAAAGAAACUUGUUUUAACAAUAAAGCCAUAUCAAGCUGAA